GUCUUAGUUUCACGAGGCUAGUUACUAAGAUAGGGGUGUGGUCAACAAAGGCAACACAAGGUACUGUCCUCAUAUAGAGUUCAAUUACUGUAUGUGACCUACAGUAUACAGUAUUUUCGAGCAAAUAAAUUAAUCCAAUACUAUAAAGAACUCUAGCCCCAACUCUCACCAUAGUUUUUAGGACAGAAAGCAGUGCUUUGGGCAGAGCUAUUCUCAUCCUCACUCAAUGUCAAAGACCCCCAACUCCAUGUCUCUCCCUCUCUAUGAAAGAGUCACUCACAAAAACUCUUUAUUCAGAGCCUUGGAUUUCAUCAUCCUAUUUCUCCUCCUCUCUCUCCUUUCCUAUCGUCUCCUCUCACUCAACAAUCAUGGCCUCACUUGGCUUCUCGCCUUCCUGUGCGAGGUAUGGUUCACCUUCAAUUGGCUCCUCAUCAUCAACAUCAAAUGGAACAAAGUUGACUACAGAACUUACCCACAACGACUCCUACACCACUGCAGGGAAACUGAGCUACCUGCAGUGGACAUGUUUGUUACAACGGCUGAUCCUAUAUUAGAGCCUCCAAUCAUCACAGUGAACACAGUGCUGUCGUUGAUGGCAGUUGAUUAUCCAGCUAAUAAACUAGCAUGCUAUGUGUCGGACGAUGGGGGUUCCGCUCUUACCUUCUACGCUCUUAUGGAAGCUUCAAAGUUUGCUAAGUUAUGGGUUCCCUUUUGCAAGAGAUAUGGUGUUCUUGUUAGAGCCCCCUUCAGGUACUUCCUCGGCAGUGAACCCAUCUGGAGUGCAACUUCAUUGCAAUUCAAACAAGAGUGGACAAUGAUGAAGGAUGAAUAUGAAAAACUUAUCGAGAAGAUCGAGAAUGCGGUCAAAAAGCCCAUGCUUUAUGAUUCUUUAGACGAGUUUGACGUUUUCUCAAAUGUAGACCCCAGAAAUCAUCCCACUAUAAUUAAGGUUAUGUGGGAGAAUAGGGAUGGGCUCUCAGGGGGAUAUGGAUUGCCACAUCUUGUUUAUGUAUCAAGGGAAAAGCAUCCAAAGCAUCCACACCAUUACAAAGCUGGCGCCAUGAAUGUUCUGGUAAGAGUUUCAGGGCUGAUGACAAAUGCUCCCUUCAUGUUGAAUGUUGAUUGCGAUAUGUACGCUAACAAUCCACAGAUUGUACUUCACGCAAUGUGUUUCUUACUUGGUUCCGCUGAUGAGAAAGAAAGCGCAUUUGUUCAGUCUCCUCAAAUAUUUUACGAUGGGGUAUCGGAGCCACUUCAAGUUCUAAAUGAAUUUAUGGGGAGGGGAAUAGCGGGGAUACAAGGACCAUUCUAUGGGGGAACAGGAUGUUUUCACAGACGAAGAGUCAUUUACGGAGCAUGCCCAGAUGAGAAGGAAACAAGAGAAAGAAAUCUAACCACUACUCGUAUUGAGCAUUUGGCUGUUCAAGAGUUACAGAAAACAUUUGGAGAAUCAAUCGAAUUUGCUGAAUCAACGGGCAAGAAUUUAUCAAAGCUGGAAAGAAACUCAAAUCGCGGAAAUCAUCUUACAACCACAAUUGGGGCAAUGUACAAAGUCGCUAGUUGUUGUUAUGAGUACGGGACGAGUUGGGGUGUAAAAGUUGGUUGGUUAUAUGGAUCGACGACAGAGGACGUGCUCACGGGACUGAUGAUCCAUGCAAGAGGAUGGAGAUCCAUGUACUGUACCCCAAACCCGCCAGCGUUUCUCGGGUCAGCGCCAUCAAGCGGGCCUAGUGCAAUAAUCCAGCAGAAGAGAUGGGCAAUGGGACUACUUGAAAUCCUACUCAGCCGGAACAAUCCCCUUACAGCCACACUCACUGCGAAGCUCCAGUUCCGGCAGUGCUUAGGCUACAUCUGGAUCUUGAUAUGGGGCCUGAGGUCCAUUCCGGAGCUAUGUUAUGCUGUCCUCCCGGCGUAUUGUAUCAUCACCAACACCCACUUCUUGCCCAAGGGAGUGGCCUUUCUUAUCCCUAUAGCUCUCUUUGGAACUUACAACAUGUACACUCUAUGGGAAUUCCAUUUAACUGGCAUUUCAAUCCAUGGAUGGUGGAAUAGCCAAAUGACAGCAAGAAUAAUUUCAGCAACAGCGUGGUUGUCUGGAGUCAUAAGCAUCACCCCUAAGCUCCUGGGAUUAUCAGAGAUUAUAUUUGAAGUAACGCAAAAGACAAACCCUUGUUCUAAUAGUCGGGUUGAUGCCACUACUAAUGCCGGCAGGUUAACCUUCGACCAGUCCCCAGUGUUCGUGGUGGCGACUGGUGUUGUUUUGGUGUAUAUGGCCGCAGUGGUUAUUGCAUUGUUAGGGUUGCAGCGACCGACUCAAAGUGGGGAAGGGGUUGGGUUGGAAGAGAUAGCAUGCAGCGUAUGGGUGGUACUAUGCUUUUGGCCUUUUGGAGAAGGAUUGUUCAGAAAAGGGAAAUAUGGUAUUCCUAUAUCCACCAUAUGCAAAUCAACUGUUUUGGCCUUCUUCUUUGUACACUUUUGUGUAUGGAGCACAAGGAUGAAGUAGUGGGCCUUGGUAUGAUGCAAAUGUGCCAUACCUCCAUAGCAUGCUCUGUGCUACCAAUAAUGUUAGAAUUGAGCCUAGUGGUAAUUCAUGAUACAUUGAGAUUUUUUAAUAUUUCUUUAUUCUGCCACUUUUGACAUGCAUGUUCAUUAAUGGAAGACAUUUUUUUUUGUCUA